AUGAAGCACAAGAAAGAUCUCAAGGAGUUAGAGUUUUCAUGGGGUGCAGAGGAUGCUGAUGAUUCCCGAAAGGAGAAAGAUGUACUCGACAAGCUCCAGCCUUGUGUGAAUUUGGAGAAAUUAACCAUUAGAUUCUAUGGUGGAACCAAUUUUCCGAAUUGGUUAGGAGACUCAUCUUUUUCUAACAUACAAGUUAUGCAUCUCAGUGACUGUAGUUAUUGUUGGUCGCUCCCACCAGUUGGGCGACUACCAGCACUCAAAGAGCUCUGUAUAGAAAGAAUGAAGUUUGUGAAGACGAUUGGCAUUGAAUUCUAUGGCAGAAAUGGAGCUUAUCUGACUCAGCCAUUUCAAUCUCUGGAGAAGCUGGAGUUUAGGGAGAUGCCAGAGUGGGAGGAAUGGGUACCAAGUGGAGGUGAAUAUGGUCCAGACUUUCCUUGUCUCCAGAAGCUAAUUCUAAACGAGUGUCCGAAGCUGAGAGAAAGUUUGCCUUGUGAGCUGCCUUGCUUGAAGAAGCUUACGGUGUCUGAGUGUGAGGUUUUCCAUGAUGGAAGGGCCACUACCACAACUACCAAUAGUCUUAACUAUAAAUCUCUUGAAGAAUUGAAAAUAAGUGGUGGAUGCCAAACCCUGUUAUCAUUAUUAAAGACAAAGCUCCUAUCCCAACUUGCGAUUCGAAAUGUUGUUGACGUACAGUGCCUGCCCAACUACAAUCGUCUUCAACUUUUGACUCUGAAGAAUUGUCCAACACUGUCGUCAUUCCCUAAAGAUGGCCUACCCACUACAUUGACAUCACUUACUAUAGACCAUUGUAGGAGCUUAGAAUUCCUACCUCAUGAGAUGUUGCCCAAAUUAACCUCGCUUCACUAUUUGAGGAUACAAAAUAGCUGUAAUUCAAUGAGGUCCUUCCCGUUGGGCAGUUUUCCCAAAUUGAGGACGCUUCACAUUUGGGAUUGUGAGUAUCUGGAAUCCUGUUCCUUGAUUGAAGAAGAAGGAGCUGUUGAGAAUCUCAGCCAUCUCAAUUACUUGAGUUUCUAUAAAUGUCCAAAAAUGGUGUGUUUUCCCGAGGGAGAUUUGCCCACUCCCAACCUGAGUCACUUUGAAGUCGGUGAAUGCGAGAAUUUGAAGUCCUUGCCCGAACACCUUCACACCCUCACAGCCCUUCGAUCUUUGUCGAUAUGGAGUCUUCCGAAUCUGGAGUCAUUUGCAGAAGAUGGGCGUUUGCCUCCCAACCUCCGAUAUUUUAGCAUUGGGAAUUGUAAGAGACUGAGGGCUUCAUCAGUGGGAGAGUACUGGGGUUUGCAAGCACUUGUCUCCCUUGAACAAUUUGAAAUCAUUGGAAGUGACCAUGUCUUGGAGACAUUGCUCAAGGAACAGCUGCUCCCUACCACUCUUCACACUCUCCGCAUCCAUUCUCUAUCAACUCUAAAAUCUUUGGACAGAAAGGGUCUUGGACACCUCACUUCUCUUCAAAAUCUAUACAUUACUGACUGUAACAAUCUCCAAUGCCUGCCAAAAGAGGGUUUGCCGCCAUCUCUUUCUUAUCUGUGUAUCAACUAUUGUCCUACCCUGGAGAAAAGGUAUAAGAAUAAGACUGGACAAGAUUGGGCCAAGAUAUCUCACAUUCCUUGCAUCGAGAUAGGCAAAGAAGUGAUCAUAUAA